AUGCCUGUCCUAAUACAAUUCUUUAUUCCUUUCCAGUUUGUGAAAUGUGGCUAUGCAGGCUCAAAUUUCCCGGAGCACAUUUUUCCAGCUUUGGUUGGCAGACCCAUCAUAAGAUCAACUGCUAAAGUGGGCAACAUUGAAAUCAAGGAUCUGAUGGUCGGGGACGAAGCAAGCGAAUUGCGCUCGAUGCUGGAGGUGAAUUAUCCCAUGGAGAACGGCAUCGUCCGGAACUGGGAUGAUAUGAAGCACCUCUGGGAUUACACCUUUGGACCAGAGAAACUUAAUAUUGACACAAAAAAUUGUAAAAUUCUGCUCACAGAACCUCCCAUGAACCCAACUAAAAACAGGGAGAAGAUCGUGGAGGUGAUGUUUGAGACAUACCAGUUUUCUGGGGUGUAUGUUGCCAUUCAGGCUGUUCUUACUUUGUAUGCUCAAGGUUUGUUGACUGGCGUUGUUGUGGACUCUGGAGAUGGUGUAACUCAUAUCUGCCCAGUUUACGAAGGUUUCUCUCUCCCUCAUCUCACCAGACGGUUAGAUAUUGCUGGGAGGGAUAUCACAAGGUAUCUCAUCAAGCUGCUCUUACUCCGAGGCUACGCUUUCAACCACUCUGCUGACUUUGAGACCGUUCGCAUGAUCAAGGAGAAGCUGUGUUACGUGGGAUACAACAUUGAGCAGGAGCAGAAGCUGGCAUUAGAGACCACAGUACUAGUUGAAUCCUACACACUCCCAGAUGGCAGAAUUAUCAAAGUCGGUGGAGAACGGUUCGAGGCCCCCGAGGCCCUCUUCCAGCCUCACUUAAUCAAUGUGGAGGGGGUUGGUGUGGCUGAAUUGCUGUUUAACACCAUCCAGGCUGCUGACAUCGAUACCAGGUCUGAAUUCUACAAGCACAUUGUGCUGUCUGGAGGGUCCACCAUGUACCCAGGGCUGCCUUCACGACUGGAGCGAGAACUGAAACAGCUCUACCUGGAACGGGUCCUGAAAGGAGAUGUGGAAAAGCUCUCGAAAUUCAAGAUCCGGAUCGAGGAUCCCCCUCGCCGGAAGCACAUGGUGUUCCUGGGUGGUGCAGUCCUAGCAGACAUCAUGAAAGACAAAGACAACUUCUGGAUGACCCGACAAGAAUACCAAGAGAAGGGAGUGCGUGUGCUGGAGAAGCUUGGUGUGACUGUUCGAUAAAUCCCAAAGCUUC